AUGACCUAUCUUCUGUUUGCGUUGCGGAGUUUCGGAAUAUCGGGGUUAAAUUUCGAGAAACCCAAGUCAAUGGAAGUUGUGCAGUUUCUUUUCCAGAAUUCGUCGAGUUCAAAUUAUUCUAUUAAUUCUUCCUUUUUACUUGAUGCCUUAAAGCAGCUUAGGGAAGAUGGUCAAUUUUGUGAUUUUGUUAAAAAUAAUUUGUCACAGUACGGACUUACUACAGAGUAUCUCUUUUCCUGUCUUGAACGUAUUACGCAAAAUGAUUACCUCCCCACCCGAGAUGACAUCUUGAACAUCAAAUGUGGACAAAUGGGCUUACAUGAGGAAAUAAUUACCCGUGAUAAAUUAUCCUUCAGAUUUGUAAUGCCUGCAAUGAGUCGAUCGAGGUUAUCAAAAUUCGCAUACUAUUUUGAUGAUGUCGAUGCCAUUAUAUUUGUGGCAUCUCUUUCUGAUUAUGAUGUCAAUCCGAAACUUCGGGAAGACAUGGACUUCUUUGCAUCGAUUUGCAAUAGUAAAUGGUUCGCCAAGUGCACAUCCAUCUUCCUCAUUCUCAACAAAUUUGACAUUUUUCAGAAGAAGCUGCCCACCUCACCUUUGAAAACAUGCUUUCCUGACUACAGAGGUAUGUCUAAUUAA